CUCUCUGGAGCCAGUGAGAGAGUUGUGCUCAUGCUUUGCAGGGUAUUGAAAGAUUAAGAAAAUGAUACAAGAUGGAAGUGGUGCGAUUUUAGAGAAAGUCUGCAAGAUUGAUGUAAAGAUGGACCAGUACAUACAUUUUGCUUAAAGACCAGAUGCAGUGUUUUCCUCUUCUCUCUCUGAGUUUGGCUUAUGAACCAACCUGCUUAACAGCCCCACUGUGCUGCCACCAUGCCAGUUCUGGACCAAGACACUUUAGACAACAAUGAUGGUCUGCCGAAGCUACCACUUCCCAGUCUGAAAGACACACUGGAAAUGUAUCUGAGGUGCGUGAAGCACCUGCUCACUGAUGAACAAUUCAACAAGACUCAAAAAAUAGUGAAGCACUUUGGAGCUGAAGGAGGAGUGGGGGAGCUACUGCAGAACAAACUGGAGGAGAGGAGGGAACAAAAGGCAAACUGGUUGUAUGAAUACUGGCUAAAUGACAUGUACCUAAACAACAGAUUGGCUCUGCCAGUCAACUCAAGUCCUGCAAUAGUAUUUCCACAGCAGAACUUCAGGGCCCCCAUUGACUCAUUAAGAUUUGCUGCACACUUAAUUUCAGGGGUUUUAGAGUAUAAGACUCUUAUUGAUGCCCGUGCCUUACCUGUGGAGUACGCCCGGGGCCAGCUUGCUGGAACCCCUCUCUGUAUGGAGCAGUACUAUCGCCUCUUCACAUCUUACCGACUGCCGGGGCCUGAGAGGGACACCCUAGUGGCCCAGGAGAGCAGUGUGAUGCCGGAGCCUGAACACAUCAUUGUGGCUUGUAAAAACCAGUUCUUUGUUCUGGACGUGGUGAUCAACUUUCGUCGACUGAACGAAGGAGACUUGCUUAUGCAGCUGGAGAAGAUUGUCAAGAUGGCCAACAGUGAGGAGGAGCGUCUCCCCCCUGUAGGCCUGCUCACCUCAGAUGGACGGACAGAAUGGGCCGAGUCUCGCAGAGAGUUAAUGAGAGAGUCAACCAACAGGGACUCCCUGGACAUGAUUGAGCGUUGCCUUUGUCUGGUCUGUCUGGAUGACGCAAGCGGACUCGAGCUUAGUGACACCACACGUUCCACAUUGAUGCUCCAUGGAGGAGGAGCAAACAAGAAUGGGGGCAACCGCUGGUAUGAUAAGCCAAUGCAGUUUGUUGUAGGAGCUGAUGGCUGUUGUGGAGUUGUGUGUGAACACUCGCCUUUUGAAGGAAUUGUCCUUGUGAAGUGUUCAGAGUAUCUCCUCAAAUACAUGACUGGCAGCCCAUCAAAGCUGGUCAGGGCUGCAAGUGUGAGCGAGCUGCCUGCACCGCGCAGGCUUCGCUGGAAAUGUACUCCAGAGAUACACAAACUCAUCGCUUCAUCUGCUGACAACCUCCAGAGACUAGCGACAAAUCUAGACAUGAAUGUUCACAAGUUCCAAGACUAUGGACAAGAGUUUAUCAAGAGGCAGAAGAUGAGUCCAGAUGCCUACAUUCAAGUAGCUCUACAGUUAGCAUUCUAUCGGUGUCAUGGCAGACCGGUGUCAACCUAUGAGAGUGCUUCCAUACGUCGCUUUAAGCAAGGCCGAGUGGAAAACAUUCGCUCAGCCACACAUGAGGCUCUUGCCUUUGUUAAAGCAAUGACUGAUGAAAAACACACCUCCAGUGAUGCAGAGAAGAUGGAGUUGUUUCAAGGUGCCAUAACCGCACAGACAAAAUACACUAUUCUGGCAAUUACAGGGAUGGCAAUUGACAAUCACUUACUAGGACUACGUGAAAUUGCACACGAACUGAAGAUGGAGAAGCCAGAAAUCUUCAAAGACCAAGCCUAUCUCAUCAGUAAUCAGUUCAUUCUCUCUACAAGUCAGGUUCCAUCCACCACUGAGAUGUUCUGCUGCUAUGGACCUGUGGUGCCCAAUGGAUACGGUGCGUGCUACAACCCUCAGUCAGACCACAUCAUCUUCUCAGUGUCAAGUUUCUGUGAGAGCUCGCAGACAUCUUCAGCAGAAUUUGUAAACUGCUUGGUGCAGGGCCUCCUGGACAUGAGGGAUCUGUGCAAAAAAAUCAACUCUGGCUCUAAUCAGGCCAAGCAAAAAGUUAAUCACACCACGCAGCAGAGACCCUCUGACCCCAAGGAGAGUCCGCAAACACUCCCGCAGGUUCUGGUGAGAAGUCCAGACAAGAAUCCUGCAGAGGCCCAAGCGGAGAUCCCAGCGCAGGGAGCAGCUUUAAGCAUAGGGAAAAAAUAAUUAGAAACUCUGUGCCAAUGCUUUUAGCAGUGGUGCUACUUUGUCUGUUUCUGUGCUGCAAUAGGUUCCUCCCCCUUGGUUACUCCCAAAAUGCACAAUGUAACUGUGAUACGAAAUGUUGUGUUGUAGUAUUGCGUUCCUGAAUGUAAAAUUUGUGGCUAAAAUCUAAUCGAAUUAGAUAAUACUCACAUUAUUUCUUCUUAUAGAGCAAAUAUAUGGCUGUCAUCACAGAAUGGAGCCAAUAUGCAGCAGCAAAUGAGAAAUAAUGACAAAGAUUGUUGGUAAAUCAUUUGAACUAAAUGUAUGGUUUUCAUUGUUUUAUUGCACAAAACUGAGAUGCAACAGCCAAAGAAGUUAGUAUAUUAUUCACCAGGUGACCAGUGCUGAGGAAAGCUUAGAAAUUAUUUGCAAGUCUGCAUCAUGUUGUACAUGUAUCAUGUUUGACUGAGCAAAAAUGCAUGUUGCUAAUGUAUGAUUUUCUUAAGAUUGUGAAAUAGCAAUUUUCUUUAAAUAUUCAACGUCCUAAACGAUAUACAGUGCCAACAAUGUUUAUCAUUAUGUAAAACUGUCCACUCGAAAACAUCCUAAUCACACUGUGUUGUUUUCCACAUACUGGAACUCACAAUGUAUUUGUGGACAUAAUGGAUAAAAAAAACCUUAGUGAAUAAGGAUUCCAAAAUGGAUACUUUUCUAUUCAGGUAGUGUGUGUUCUUAAAUGUAUAAGCAAAGUAUAUACAAAUUAAGUUAUUUAUUUUUGUAUGAUAACCAAAUGUAAUAGGAAUUAUCUGUAACUUUGAAAAAAAAAGACAUUUAAAAGAGAUGAUCACUGUGUUAAUAACUGUCAAAAUAUUGUGGUUAUGUUAUUGAAGAUUAAAAGAUACAAUCAA